ACCUUAGAAUUCUCUCUCUCAGUGCUCUCUCUUUACGCACCAGCUUUCUUGCAACCCAUAUUCAUUGUCUUCCAAGCGACCAUGGCUAAUUUCAGGAAAACAGUACUGGUGGUUUCUUUCUUGACGACGGCUCUUUGCGGAGUCUCCAUGGCUACCGUUUACCAAGUCGGUGACUCUGCUGGUUGGACAAGCAUGGGUCAAGUGGAUUACCAAGAUUGGGCUGCCAACAAGAAUUUUCACGUUGGUGAUACUCUCGUCUUCAACUACAACAACCAAUUCCACAACGUGAAGCAAGUGACGCAUCAGGGUUUCGAGUCAUGCAAUGCAACGUCACCACUAGCUACUUACACCAACGGCUCCGAUACAGUCACUCUUGAAAAGCUUGGCCACUUCUACUUUAUAUGUGGUUACCCUGGUCACUGCCAAGCAGGACAAAAGAUUGAUAUCCUGGUCGCUCCGGCAACUUCAAAUUUGGGUCCUGCUCCGUCAUCUCAGAUCUCACCUAGUAGUGCUUCAACUCUUUCUUUCAGUAAUCUUUCUUGGGCUUCGGGUGUGCUUCUUGCACUCUGUCUCUUGGGAUUUGGCUAUUAGGAAGGUUUUCGAGUUGCCUGUUUUUUACCAAUCUGGAGGGCUUUUUUUAAUUUAUUUUCUUCUUCGUUUUUAGCCCAAGACUUUUCUUUUCUUUUUUCUUAUAUUAAUUAAGUAGCAAAACAUGACUAAUGGCAGAUUCAAAGUAUAUGUUUCCUCUUUUUUUUUUCCGAUAUAUUAAUUUUCUUUUUUAUAAAUGAGAUUCAUCAUUAACUGCAUGAUGUCUUCAAUGAAAAUACAAGUCGUCCAGGACAACUGAUGGCAGUAUUGUUUCUUAUUAGUUGAUGCUAGAUGGUCUCGCAAAACAGCACCGGUUGUGUUAUUUUUCUAGUAAAAUAUUU